AUGGCGGGACUCUCUCCGCGGCUGGCGCUGCCGGCCUUGGCCGGCGCCGCUCGCCUUUGCCUUUGGAAGUCCGGAGCGGCGGCCUUGGCGGCGAGAUGGCAGGGUGUCCCGGCGAGGAGCCGCCGCGGUUUGUCCGGUUUCCCGCCGAAGCCGGCGCCCCGGGAGGGCCUCAGAGACCUGCCCCCCGGGCUGCCCAGGAGCCGCCUGGAGUCCAGGCGGUACGUCCUCAGCCCGAGCCUGGCCGAGACCGUGGCGCGGCUCCUGCUGAGGAACGACGGCUGCGACCUCAUCCUGGAGAUCAACCCGGGUCCUGGGAUCCUGACCAGAGCGUUACUUCAAAGUGGUGCCAGAGUGAUUGCCCUUGAAAGUGACAAAGCUUUUAUUCCACAUUUGGAGUCCCUAGGAAAAGAGCUGGGUGGGAAACUGCAUGUGCUCCACACUGAUUUCUUCAAACUGGAUCCUAGAAGUUUUGGAGUAAUAAAACCUGUUGUGAAUUCAAAGGUGCUUUUUCAAGAAUUGGGAAUAGAAACACUUCCUUGGUCAAACGGUAUCCCUUUGAAAGUCGUUGGAAUCUUCCCAACUAAAAAUGAGAAAAAGAUGAUUUGGAAAGUUUUACAUGACAUAUAUUCCUGUACUUCUAUAUAUAGAUAUGGACGAGUACAGCUGAAUUUGUUUUUUAAUGAACUGGAAUCCCAGAGGAUGAUGGCGAACCCCCAGAACCCUAACCUGUACUACGCAUUAAGUGUGCUCUGGCAAGUAGCUUAUGACGUGAAGCUUCUGCAUAUGGAACCUUGGUCAUCAUUUGACAUAAGCAGUCAGAGUGCGCAGCAGGAAAAGCCACGGAGUAAGGAAUCAUCAGAACAGCAAGUACAACAAAACCUGUGUCUUAUUCAAUUGACUCCUCAUAAAGAUUUAUUUUCACAACAGUUAACAUCUGUUAACUACGAUGUAUUUUUUCACAUGACGAAGCAGUGUUUUUUGAAGCGCCAUGGCAAGCUAAUUGACCACUUAACUUCAUUGAGUCCAAUUGAUGCAAUGGACAUAUUGAAGGAAAUGGAUCAAGAUAAAAAUAUAAAAAUAAUAGACAUGUAUCCUUCAGACUUUAAAUGCCUUUUUGAAACUAUAGAAUGUUCCAAAGAUCACACCUUUAAGUGGCUGUAUGAUGACUUCAUGGAAGAUGUAAUCAUAUAA